AUGUUGACAAGAGAGAAAGAGUAUUGGUUUUUUGGGUUUGGGACUAAUGGUUACGUUCAAACCAACAAGUUGUUCGUGAGGCCUAGGAAUGUUGGCAAAUGCUUUGAUGAUGGUCAGGGAACCGCCGGUUUAUCCAAGAAACCCAACAAAGACAUUCUUGAGAAUGACUGCAAGCGUCAGAAUCAUCUCAAGCUUGCUGUGCUUGAAGACGAGCUUUCUGAUGCUGAGAUUGCUCAGCGGCUUGAGGAGGCAAGGUUGAAUUUUGAAGCUUCGGCUGCUGAAGAGAGUGAUGCGAAGAUAUCUGAUACACAAACUCAUCACAAGGAAAGAGAAGCAGAUGGAAGCUUUCCGAGCAGCAGCAGGCUGAAGAGGGUGUCAUUGAUGAUGAGCCAGCCAACAGGGGAGAGGGUUGUGAAGGUGGUAGAGUGA